UGUUAUAAAAAUUGAUUGAAUAGAUAGGAAGAAGGAAGUCACAUGGGUCCCUCCCUUUUCCAAAUCCCACCAUUCCAUUCGGUCGCUCUCUCUCUCUCCCAUCAUUCCUCCUCCUAAGCCUCAGCUCCUAAAACCGAACACACUCUGUCCCUUUCUUUGCCACUCGUUUCUGUGUGUUUCUUUUUUGUUCUAUUAUUUUUCUUCUUUUCUCUAACAUUUUUUCCUUCUCGCCCACCACAAUGCCUUGGAGUUGGGCCUGAAGAGGAAAGCUGAAGGCUUCCAAAAUUCCCAUUUUCCAUUUCCCCACUAUCCCUUUCUUCUCCUUUCCCUUCAUCAUCCAUCAUCCAAGUACAUUAUCCACUCUUCCCAAUUUUGCAUUCCAAUUUAUCUUCUUUUUUUUUAAUUCAUUUUCUUCCCUUUUGCUUCUUUCUACCAUUCUUCUAACACCUUCUACAGAUUCAGCCUCCCUGCCCAUGUCGAUAUCCGAUUUCUUUUGGUCUUAGCCGCCAUUUCUCAUUCUUCACUUCCUUCAUCUCUUCCUAUUUGCUCUCCUCUUUAAGCUUUCUCGGAUUCCCCAGAUGAAGAUGCAGCUUGACUUGUGAAUUUCUACCAGUGCUAUGAAGAGUGUAUAGUUGAACUGGGAAGGAUCCUGAUCUGAGAAAUUUUCUGUUGGAAAUAAGUUAAAGCACCUUAAGAAUCAGUCUUGUCUGCAUUUUUUUUUAUAAAAAAACGUUCUGCGAAUCGCUACCAUAGAAGGAAGGAAACUGAGAGUGUGUUGGAGUAGAGGAAGUUGCUUGAUGUAUUUGAGACUCAGGGGCAUUGGUAAUAUGGGCGAUGGUUCUAUGGAUGACAUGAAAGGAACUAGAGUUUCUUUGAUCGAGUCAUCGGCUUCGAGAUUAAUGAAGAGGUCACGUGCCCCUGGAAGCGGACCCCAAAUCCCUUCCUGUAUGGUUGAUGGUUGUAGCUCAGACCUUAGCAAAUGCAGGGACUAUCAUCGUCGCCAUAAAGUAUGUGAGCUCCAUUCUAAAACACCAAAAGUAACCAUUUGCGGUCAGGAACAACGAUUCUGUCAGCAGUGUAGCAGAUUCCAUUCUUUGGUGGAGUUUGAUGAUCGAAAACGAAGCUGUAGGAAGCGUCUCGAUGGGCACAACCGACGUCGAAGAAAGCCUCAACCAGCGACUAUGACACUAAAUGCAGGAAGAUUUCUCUAUGGCAACCAAGGUCCAAGAUUCUUACCAUUUGGUAAUCAAUUACUGUCUGCCAGCAAUGAUGUGAGCUCUUCUUGGAUUGGAAUGAUCAAACCCGAGAGCAAUGCCCCUGUUUGCAGCGGCAACUCACAGUUUGACUUUGGUGACAGAAGAAAAAGUAUGUUGCCUGGAUCGUUGGCUUGUGAUUACAAAGAAAAACAAGUAGCAAUCUCUUGCAUCCCUGUAGGAUUGCUUCCCAAAUCAUCCGAUGCUCGCCCAUAUCUCGACGUUGAAUCCUGCAACAGAGGAAAUGUUCAGAAAGUGCUCGGAAACGGACCAGAUCAGUUCUUCAACUCUGACUGUGCUCUCUCUCUUCUGUCAACACCAGUUGAGCCCGGGGAGAUUAAUCUAAGCUCCAUGAGCCAAUCCAACCUCAUCACCCCAGCCCAUUUCAUCCACAGUGACGGUCUUGGCUUGGAGAGUGACCCUGUUAAUUCUGGUUUGGUCUCGGACGGUAGCAGCCAUGCCAACAUCCGGUGCUACCCGACAUUCCAGGAUGGUCUUGCUGGAUCAUCUGUAGAUUUAUUCAGGUAUUGAAACAUGAAAGUUGGGUCAUUCUUGUAGGUUCUGAGAUGGAUUUAUGUAAUAUGCCUAUUCCCGUCAGGAUUUAACUCAGCCACUGUUAACCUUCCAAUCUCUGCUUGCUUCGUUUGUUCUAUGAGUUUUAAGGAAUGCUGUUGUGUUGUGUGUGAAAUGUCUGUUUCAAUGUUUUUACUUUGUUCAGACUUGAGAUUUCGAAUAUUAAUUUUGUGACUCUUUUUAGUUCCUC